AAGUAAACAAUAAUAAAUGUUUUAUUAUUUUUUGAAGUGCAUUAAAAGUGGAAGGAUGAAAUAUAGUGAAAGUCAAUAAUAAAAAUAAUUGAAAAACAAGUACUGUAGAGGCAGUGAUCAUAAAGAAAGUAUAUCAUCCAGUGAAAUAGAACUGAGUAUCCAGGGAGUAGUUUUGGAGAUUGAUUGGUGAUGUAUCGCAACGACGCGAUUGCCAUCGAUGACUGGGAUUUAACGAGCAUGAAGCAUCCUUCGAGUGUGUUUAUCUUGGAGGUUGCUAUGGCACUGUUUGGUAUGUUUUGGAUGUCACGCGUACGUUCUGAGAUACGUCGUUGUUCAAAAUAUCGACAUGAUGAAAUGUCAAAUAAUCAACAUCAGAGUCAUCAACAAUCUUAUCAACAAGACAAUCCAUGUCGGAGACUAUCUCAAGGUACAAGUUUACUUCAUACACCAGAUGAUGGAAUCACUAUGUCUUCAGCAAACACUUUGUUUACUUUGGAUACUCCUGGAACAACUGCACCCAGUGGUUAUUGCGAAGUUCACGGAUAUAUCGCCCCUAAAAAAGAUAUCCAGGAGUUUUACGAGCUGACGCUGCUUGAUGAAUCAAAGUCAGUGCAGCAGAAAACAGUAGAAACAAUGCGCAUUGCUGAUAAAUGGGAAGCUAGUGAUGGACCAAUUACUCCAACAUUUACAUCAAACGACGGUGGUCCGACUUCCGCUUUUCCAUUGACCCAGACUCUAUUGAACAUUUACGACUAUAGGUCUGCCAGCCCUGAUGCUCAAACGCUUGACCAAAACCAGAAAACAAGAUAUACCACGAUAAACGUAGAAGAACCAUUACCACCACCUCCUUCACCACCACAAAUCAAAGAAGCCAUACAAUUAGAUGGAAUUUCAAGACCAAAUUCUGUGGAACGCACUAUACAUCCUGAUGUUUCGCAGUAUAUUGUUUCAAAUCAUGAUACAAUUAAAAGCCAUGACAGCUGGCAAGGACAUGAUGGCGAUCAGGCACAUACGCCACUUCUUGCAGCGGAUCCGAGACAUGCAAAUGGCGAUGACGAAUGGGAGUACGAGGAGAUUAUCCUUGAACGAGGAAGUGCCGGUUUGGGUUUCAGUAUUGCUGGAGGAACAGAUAAUCCACACAGUGGUCACGACACAGCGAUUUAUAUUACAAAACUCAUACCAGGUGGAGCAGCUUCAACAGACGGUCGUUUAGGCGUUAAUGAUACGAUACUUCAGGUGAACGAUGUAACUGUUGUGGAUGUACCUCAUGCAACAGCAGUUGAUGCUCUCAAGAAAGCAGGCAAUACUGUCAAACUGUACGUUCGAAGACGACGACACUUGAUUGAAAUCGAGCUAGUAAAGGGGAAUAAGAGUCUUGGAUUCAGUAUUGCUGGUGGAAUUGGUAAUCAACAUAUACCUGGUGACAAUGGAAUAUACGUCACGAAAAUUAUGGAUGGUGGAGCUGCACAACUUGAUGGACGUUUAGCUGUUGGCGACAAAUUAGUAUCCGUCAAGAAUAGCAUGGGUAACUGGAAAAAGCUGGAGAAUGUAACGCAUGAGGAUGCAGUGGCCACUCUAAAAGCGACGCAGGAUAGGGUAGUUUUGUUGGUCGCCAGACCGGAAGGUAUUCUGCCACCUCUGCCACCAGUUUCAGACCAUUCACUCUCACCACAACCUCGCAAACAAAAUGGCUCGGUCUCAGCACUAGAAAACAAUUCCAUACCGUAUUCACAAGAGUCACGACAUGCUUCUUCGUUGGCACUUCACGGCACAGCAACACCUCGAGCAGUGUCACAGGAAGAUAUUUCACGAGAAGUACGCACAGUGAUACUCAACAAAGGAUCAUCGGGAUUAGGAUUCAAUAUUGUUGGAGGAGAAGAUGGGGAAGGAAUCUUCAUUUCCUUUAUUUUAGCUGGAGGGCCUGCUGAUCUAAGUGGAGAACUUCGUCGAGGGGAUCAGAUUCUUAGUGUCAAUGGGAUUAAUCUUAGAACUGCCACCCAUGAGGAGGCUGCGGCCGCACUCAAGGGUACUGGACAAACUGUCACCAUUGUAGUACAAUAUAAACCUGAAGAUUACAACAGGUUUGAAGCUAAGAUCCAUGAUCUUAAACAACAAAUGUCUCAACAGAAUUUAACAACAGGUACACUAAUGAGGACUUCACAAAAGAAAUCUCUGUAUGUCAGAGCUUUGUUCGAGUACGACCCCAAUAAAGAUGACGGUUUGCCUAGUCGUGGUCUUGCUUUUCGUUAUGGAGACAUACUUCACGUAACGAAUGCCAGCGAUGAUGAAUGGUGGCAAGCAAGAAGAGUCACCCCUCAAGGUGAAGAAGAGGGGUUAGGAAUAAUUCCUUCACGUAGACGUUGGGAACGGAAACAACGUGCUCGUGAUCGUUCAGUUAAAUUCCAAGGCCACAUGCCGGUCAUAUUAGAUAAGCAAUCAACACUCGAUAGAAAGAAGAAAAACUUUUCAUUUAGUAGAAAAUUUCCAUUUAUGAAGAGUAAAGAUGAUAAAUCUGAAGAUGGUUCAGAUCAAGAACGGUCGCCCACAACACCUGAGAAUGAAAACGAUCCUACUCCAUUCAUGCUGUGCUAUACCCAGGACGACACUAAUACCGAAGAUUUAUCAUCCGCCGCAGGGAGUAGAGAAAUUUUAUAUCGCGUUGAACUGCCCUAUAUGGAAGAACUGACCUUAGUUUAUCUGGAAAAGGAGGGUGAUGAAAAUGUUGAUGAACUUAGUAGCGAAGAAACUGUCCUGUCUUAUGAACCCGUUCAACAAUUAACUAUUCAGUAUACACGCCCAGUAAUUAUUUUGGGACCGCUUAAAGACCGUAUUAAUGAUGAUCUGAUUUCUGAAUUCCCUGAUAAAUUCGGAAGCUGCGUACCACAUACGACAAGGAGUAAACGAGAAUACGAAGUCGACGGACGAGAUUACCACUUUGUGGCAUCGAGAGAACAAAUGGAACGAGACAUUCAAAAUCAUUUAUUCAUUGAAGCUGGCCAAUACAAUGACAAUCUUUAUGGUACUUCUGUAGCUUCUGUUCGGGAAGUCGCUGAAAAGGGUAAACAUUGCAUACUUGAUGUUAGUGGUAAUGCCAUUAAGAGGUUACAAGUCGCUCAACUUUAUCCAAUUGCCAUUUUUAUCAAACCGAAAUCAGUAGAAUCUGUAAUGGAAAUGAACAAACGAACGACUGAAGAACAAGCUAAGAAAACGUACGAACGAGCAUUAAAAAUGGAACAAGAAUUCGGCGAAUAUUUCACUGCUAUUGUGCAAGGAGACACCCCCGAAGAUAUUUAUGUUAAAGUUAAAGAAGUUAUUGCCGAACAAUCAGGUCCAAACAUUUGGGUACCAUCACGGGAUCAACAACUGUGACGUCCUGCCCCCCACGCUCAUCAGAAUUCAAAUGCUUGGACACUUCCUCCAAGGCGUACUGAAUAAUUACGCAGCUCAUUGAAAUAAGACAUCUUUUUCCAUGUUCAAGUAGUAUAAGUCAAUAGAGAUGCGUCUAUCAGUACUACGGUUAAAUAGCGCGAUUGAAGAAAAUUCAAGAAAUAAAAAAAUUAAGUUAUGAUUAUUGAAUGGUUUCUCUUUGCGUAAAAUUUUAUAAUCAUAAAUAAAUUCAUAUAUGACAUUUUUAAUUAAUUUACAUUGAAAUUUGUAAUGAAAGUGAGUUUUAUUUCUACAAUGCAUGAAGUAUGAACAAUCCGAAUAAGGAAUAAUAAAUUUUCAUCAUCAAUAUAGAUUCCAUAAUUGUAAAUUACGAUCGAUGUAAUUCGUAAUUAGUUUGGUAUUUUAAUUUUUAAUUAACUAAAAAAAAUCAAUCAUGUCUCGAAUAAAUUUUAUACAUAAUUAUUAAAUUGAAUAUAUAUAUAUAAUAAAUAAUUUUUAAAUGACGACAGAUAAAAUUUAUGUUUGAUUAAAUGAAGCAAGUUUUAUAUUUGUUAUGAUCUUUUAUGAUUGAGUGAAGUGUUACGUUUAAUCUUCAUCAAUGUACUUAACUGCUUAUUGUUAAAGAUAUAGAGAUAAAAAGUAUGUUUUGCAUUAUGAAACGUAUAUUAUCCAAAAAAAAAACAUUGCGAAAUGUAUGAAAAAGUAGAAAAAGAAAAAUGCCUGAGACAAAAUAAAAAGUUAUAUCUAUAUACAAAACGGAUUGAAAAAUAGAAAAAUGUGAUGAUGAGAUAAUUAAUCGUACAAUAAAUAAAAAAAUGAAAAUAAAUAUAUAGUAUUGCAAUUAAAACGCGCAAUUUUAUGAUCCAUCUGACUUUACAGGACAAAUCGUUAGUAUUAGAAUAGUGAUAUAUAAUGUUUUGUACAGCUAGAUAACUAAGCCAGUAAUGGGUUACGUGCAACAUUAUAUAGAACAUAAAAUAAUAUUGUAAUUUAAAUACCACUACUAAUUUAUUAUAUAAAUAGUAGUAUGAAUUAUUGUAAAUACCUACGCCUGUAUCGGAGUGAAAAGAAAAUGGAGAAAGUAUAAGGUCUGAAUGUUAAUCAUAGUAGGCAGUAUUUCUAAAAUUUAACAUUAAUGCUAUCUGCAAAAUAAAUUACCUUAAUUGUUAAGUCUUAAUUUGAUUAAAAUUGUUGAGAACGUUACAAACGUCAAGCGAAUUCGAAAUUAUUCGAUCAUUUCAAGGAGAUUUUCCUUAAUGGAUUUCCCUUGAUUUGAUUAUUAGUUGCCUUUGCAAGAUUGGAUUAUUGAUUAAACUUAGUAAAAAAUGAAAGGAUAAAAAAGAGAAUUCGAUAAAUCAAUUAAUUAAGUACACGAUUGACAAUGUGUUUUGCAAAAACAAAAACUGUACUUAUGUUAAACGGAUGUUUCUGUAUUCAACAAUUAACAAAGAAAAGAAACAGAACUAAAAACUGAUGAUAAAAUAGGUUUUUAGAAAGUUUAAAAACAAAAAUAAUAACAGGCAUGAUAUUAUGGCAAUUGUUUGUCAAUUUAAUUGUAAAAUAAUGAGAUAAAAUAUAACUAUAACUAAACAGUUAUUUAGUUUAAUUAAAUAAUCUGCGCAGUUAUAUGAUAUAAUUUUCAAUCAUCUUAAAUUAAUUUGUUAAUGCAACAAAAAACAUUAUUUCCUUCAAUUUAAAUUUCUAUUUCCAUUAAAUAAUCUUAACUUCAUUAAUAAACUUUUGUAAAUGAAUAACUUAUAUUUGUCAUAAACAUACUAAUUUUAUUGACUAAGUAUUAAUUAACAGAUAACUGCAGCAGAUUUUAUGAGAAUAAAUAUAACAAUAAACUCAAUAAAAAUCGAGCACCACCGUGUUGACCUACAGGUUGUGCCUGGUAAUGUAGGACGUCGUGAUUAAAUAAUUAAGGCAUCUAUUUCAAUGUAAAAGAACAUAUAAAGAGAAAAUAAUUACGGACACUUAUUAUACA